ACAAAAGGCUUCGUUUUUAAGCUUCCCUCCAGUCUCUGUGUCGCACUCAAAUAUCUCUCUCUCUCUCUCUCUCUCUCUGCAACUCUCUCGUUUCUUCUUCCCAGUUUCCUUCUGGGUUUUCAUCCUUCUCAACUGGGUCUUCCUUCGUUUUAAUCGCCAUGCUUCAAAACCAAGAAUUUGAACCCGGGCAACACACCGCAGCCGCCGCAGGAGUGGACCCCACCGACCGCGCCGAGACCGAUUCUCCGCCGUCUCAGGCUCUUGUCCUGAAGGAAGAGCACGAACCCGAGCAGAGGUCGCCGGCUCUGACUAUGGCGGUGAGCAAGCCGAAACGGUCGUCGACGAAGGACCGGCACACGAAGGUUGAGGGCCGCGGCCGGAGGAUCCGAAUGCCCGCCACGUGCGCGGCCCGGAUCUUCCAGCUGACCCGGGAGCUCGGGCACAAGUCCGACGGCGAGACCAUCCGGUGGCUGCUGGAGCACGCCGAGCCGGCGAUAAUAGCCGCUACCGGUACCGGAACCGUCCCGGCGAUCGCCAUGUCCGUCAACGGGUCCCUCAAAAUCCCAACCACCGCGCCCGACCCGAAACCCGGCGACCCGUCGAAGAAACGCAAACGUCCUUGCAAUAGCGACUACGUGGACCUAAACGACAGCGUUUCGGCUGGCCUGGCUCCUCUGACCGCGACCACCCUCCAACAACCGACACCACCGCCACCGCCACAGCCGGUUCACCAAAGCAUGGUCCCCAUGUGGGCCGUGACCUCAAACGGCGUCGUUCCGGGGACCUUCUUCAUGGUCCCUCAAACGCAGGCCCCCCACCUGUUUACAUUCCCGGCCACCGCCGCCGCCUCGCCUUUCCUCAACAUGUCGGCCCGGCCCAUCUCCUCCUUCGUCUCCUCCAUGGGCAACGUCGUCACUCCGGUCUCCAAUACGCUGUCGUUUCUGUCCCCCGUUCCGAUUCCCCCAGCCUCCGCCACCAUAGCGAACAGCACCGACGCGACGACCACCACCCUCCGAGACUUCUCGCUGGAAAUCCGCGACAAAACGGAGCUCCAAUUCAUGUCCGGGUCGUCGAAGCAUUGACGUCCGCGAAAUCUCGGCGGUCUCUUGGUUCCCGCUCCGUCGUCGUUCAGCUAGGGUUUUUAGCAUUUCCUACUUUGAGCACGUGGUCACGUGAGGGCGUGGAGAGUGGGGUCGGAUUAGGCGGGCGUGGCGGGCCCACAGGGGGGGAGCGGGGUAGGGUAGGGUUGGGUUUUGGCUCUGUGGACCGUGUAAAGAAGGGUGGGUGGGUGGGGGCCUGAGAAUAUAUUUGUUUUUUUGGGUGUGGGCCACCACAGGGUUCCCUAACGUGACCAUGUGAAAGGUGGGAGCGGGGCCCAAGGUGGGGACGAAACGGGACCGUUUGAGCACUAUUGCCGAGGCGGCGCUCGCGUGUGGUGGUCCCUACGCGGGCAGGUGUGAGGGAAUGGAGACAUGUGGCCGCUUUAGAGGUGGUGGGUUUGUUUUCCUUGGUGGGGCCCGGAGGUUUCAGAGUGAUGCAGGGAAAAUGGAAAUGUGACGGUGAAGAUGAAGAUGGGGCAGGGGCUUAUGGUUACUGUUCACUUUUUUUUUUUUGUUUUUUUGUUUUUUUUUUUUGUCAAUGAGAAUUGUAAAUUUUGGUAGAAAAAGCAUUAUUAUUGGGUCAUUGACCUAAUUUUAACAUCCACUUGACCACUUGUAUGUUUUUAAGGUCUUGUUUAAUGGAUUAUGGAUGCUAUGUUCUCCUUGACUGCAAA